GGAAUUCGACUCCUUGGGCUCCUAGCUUCUCGGCCUGAGCCAUGGAGGAGCUCGAGCGCGAGCGCGUGCGAAGCCCACGGGGGCCAAAGAAGGCCGACCUCAUGGAGCUACCUACCGUGAGCCUUGUGGUUCUGGCGACCCUGGCCUCUGUCUUCGCCCUUGGUUGGCUGCAGAGCGUCUUGGUGCCCCUAACUUUGGCGAUCGGCUUUGCGCAGCUCUUUCAGCCUGUGGUGUGCUUGCUUUCCCGCCUGCCCAGCAACCUCGUCAAGUUCUUUGCUAGGUGCCUGUGGCGGAGGCCUCCCAGCCCUGCACCCGACUCGGGCAGCGUGACAGAGGCCCACGGCAUAUCUUUGCCCGGGGCGGAUUCGCGGGGCUUUUUGGAUGGCUCCAGUUCGCCCACCAGCAGUGCCAUCUCCGAGGAGCUCACCGUGUGGGGUCCAGGCAACAGGAGACACGCAUUCUGCCGGAGGCUGCAGGUUUUCGCUCAGGGCCUUUGGGACAUCAUAGCAGUCCUGAUUUGCACACUCGGCUUGGUGGGCAUUGUGACCUUCUUCGUUUGGUGCAUGGUGCAGGCCUUCGAAGAUUUCGAUUAUUCGAAGUACACCAAUUCGCCAAAGGUGGACAGCAUCAAAGAGUGGCUGAAGCGGCAUGGCGUUGACAUCAGCAAGAUGGAUUGGUCAAGCAUUUGGGCAACGUUCAGAGGGCAGCUUCUGGACACGCUGAAUGCCAUGAUCUCCUUCACAGAAGGCAUAGUUCUUACAUCGCUGAUGUUUUUCUUCUGCUUGUAUGCCCUGGUGCCGAGUCCUCAUCAGAAGAGGAGGCGCACCAAAGGCAUCAAGCACCUGAUGCAGCGCUACUUGCUGUGGAAGACCAUCUCCAGCGCCGUUAUCGGCUGCGCCGUGGGCUUCUGCCUGGCCAUCAUGGGGGUGGACCUCGCCUUCGUGUUCGGAAUUCUCACCUUUGUUUUGAACUUCAUUCCGAACGUUGGAGCUGCAAUUGCCGAGCUCUUGCCUGUUCCACUUGUUCUCCUUGACCCGGACAAGACGCUCAGCGAGGCCGUCUUCGUUUUUGUUGUCCCUUUCAUCAUCCACAAUGUGCUUGGAUGCAUCAUGGAGAACAAGAUGAUGCAGCAUGGCUUGGACCUGCAUCCCUUGAUCGUGGUCGUGGCAUUGACUUUCUGGAGUGCGGUUUGGGGCGUUGCCGGUGCUGUGCUCUCCGUGCCUUUGACAUCUGUCAUCAGGCUUUGGCUGGAGGAGGUGGACAACCCCUAUGCACGCGCUGCUUUCAUGCUGAUCAGCGGGCCGCAGGCAAAGCCGCCAAAGCAGGUAGAGGCCAGACAGGCAGAGGAACUGGAGGCAAAGUACGAGCAGGUUGAAGCUCUCCUCAAGCAAGCCCAGCCAGCGAAUCGCAAGGAGUUUGCGCAGUUCUGUUGGAAGACGGGCAGAGUUGUCAGGCAGCUCAUCAAGCCCGAGUUCUCAGAGGAGCGCGAUUUGCUGUGGCAUGCGUGCAAAGGGCUUUUGAAAGCGGUCUUGGUCAUAGACAAGUUCCAGCCGGGUGUGUUCAUGGACAACUCAGUCCGCACAGAUGUGCUUGAAAAAGACCUGGCCAACAUGCUGCAGAAGCUCAUCACUUACCUCAAGAAGAGGAAGCAGGGUUCAAUCCCUGCGCCAGAGGAAAAGUUGGAGGUUCGGGAACGGAAGAGCAAGAAGCGCGAUCCAGAGGAGAAUGAGGAAAAGUGGGAUACAACUGCCUCCUGGGGUGAGGCCAGCCGCCCUUCGAAGAAGCAGAAAGGUUCAGACUGGUGGGAAGGUGGGGCGGAGAACACGGCUCCAAAGCACCAUGUGGUGGAGGAGAGCGAUCCAGAGGAAGCCUGCCCUGACAAGGACAAGUUUGGGAACUGCUCCUAUGGCCGCCAGUGCGGCUUCUGCUACAGGUGAGCCAUCUGAUAGUCGAGGCUACCAGGGCUUAUCGACAAUGCACGAUGGCAUCGGAGGCGGUCGAUUGUUGCCAUGGAAUUGGUCGUGGAACUUUCUGACCUGCGUCUUCUUAGAAUGCUGCUCGUGAAUUCUGCCAGUGCGGCCAGAAGUUGUGGAA